AUGGAGUCUGCCAUUGGUGUGCUGGUGUCCCAGUUCAAGGCGUACGCUGGGUGUGAUGGUUCCUCCGACACGCUGAGCAGAGAGGAGUUUCACAAACUGGUGACAUCACAGCUGCCGAACUUUGUCAAGAAUGCUGGUGAUCCUGCUGUUAUUGACCAACUCAUGAGCUCAUUGGACGAGAACAGUGACGGGGAGCUCACCUUCCUGGAGUUCUGGCAGCUCAUUGGACGUCUGGCAAGCCAGCACGGGGGAUUCAGCCAAUAG